AUGUCAGAGGGAGCCAGUCAGGGUGACCAUGGAGAGAAAGGACACCAAGACAAAGACAGUGGUCAGUAUGGAGAGGUUGAAUCGCUUAGCUGCCCGGGCUCUGACUCAGCAGAAGAGCAGCGGCCUCCAGACCAUCAAAGUGCAGAGUCCGGAUCAUCAGACUCUACAGAAGAAGAGGACGAGUGUCCAGGAUGCCAGUCGAUCGGCGUCCUGGUUUUGCCUUGCGGCCACAAGCUGUGCUCAGCAUGUAUCCAGAUGAGCCAGGAGGAGCUGGGCCAGGACGGCUGCACCGUCUGCUACGGCUCACAGCUGAUGGACUCGGUUCUCAAGACUUUGCUGGAUGCCCUCUUUCAGGACCAGCCCAGGAGGCCGGGGGUUACCCCUGGCGCGGGACAGCGGCUCGGUGACACAGAGGAUGUGGUGAACGUCAGGGAUGGGGCCGGGGAUCCGGAGAGGGAGCAGGAGCUGUGUGUGCGGCACGGUGAGCUCCUCAGUCUGUUCUGCUUGGAGGAGGAAGAGCUGGUCUGCCAGGAGUGUCAGAGAGACAAGCAUGACGAGCACCACUGCUGCCCCAUAGAGGACGCCGUCCUGGACUGUAAGAAAGAGCUACGAUCUGCCGUCAGAGCCCUCCAAGACCGGUUAGACACUCUGACCUCCAUUAGAGAAACCUGGCAGGACACAGCAGCUCACAUCAAGAGCCAGUCAGAACACACGGCCCAGGUGCUGAAGGAGGACUUUGAGAAGAUGCACCAAUUCUUACGUGAUGAAGAGGCAGCUUUGAUGUCAGUGCUGAAGCAGGAAGAGGAAGAGAAGAGUCAGAGGAUGAAAGAGAAGAUUGACAGGAUCAGCAACGACAUCAGAGAGCUGACAGAUACUGUGAGAGAGGUGGAAGAGGCCAUGGAAUUAGAGGAUUUCCUCUUCCUAAAGAACUACAAGAGUUCCUCUGAGAGGGCUCAGUGCAAAGUAGAGGAGCCUGAAGAAGAGUCAGGGGCUCUGAUUGAUGUGGCCAAGCACCAGGGCUGCCUGCAGCACCAUGUGUGGGACAAGAUGCAGAACAUCAUCCAGUACUUUCCUGUGAUCCUGGACCCGAACACAGCCUCAGUGUGUUUAAGUGUGUCUACUGACCUGUCAAGUGUGUCUGUGUGCGAGGAGCAGUCUCUUCCAGACAACCCUGAGAGGUUUGUGCACCUGCAGAGCGUCCUGGGCUCGGAGGGCUUCAGCUCAGGGAGGCACAGCUGGGAGGUGGAGGUUGGAGACAACAGUCACUGGUCUCUCGGUGUGGCCAGAGACAGCAUCCACAGGAAGGACUGGUCUUCGAGCUCAGAGAACAGGUCCAACUCUGAUCAAAACCCUAACUCUGCCUGCAGUGCUACCGCUGACCCUGGUGAGGGCCUCUGGACUGUCUCCCUCUCCUCUGGGCAGUACCAUGCGUCCCCCGGCCAGAGCAACCCCCUCAAAUUGAGGCGAAAGCCACGAAGGGUUCGAGUUCAGCUGGACUGGGAAAGAGGUAGUUUGACUCUGUCCGACGCCAAUGACAACACCUUGAUCUACCGUUUUAAACAUCAGUGGAACAGCAUGCUAAGACCCUACCUUUCCACUACAUGUUCUAAACACCCAUUACGAAUUACAGCUGGGAGGGUGACCGUCACCACAGAAUGA